CUAGUUGCACAAGUGGUCACUAGCCCCACUGUCAUGAUUCAGAUGCAUGCAUACGCCAAAUUGAGGGCUCUAUAAAGAAGAAAGCCUUCAUCCUUCACACCAGAGUAAGAGGAGAGAGCGAGGGAGCGUGUGUGUGUAAGAGAAAGAGAACUAUGAAGAGGAAGGGAGGGGACGGAGGGAGAAGAGCCACGGUGUUGGACAAGAAGGAUGCAGGGAGGCGGACGAGUGAGGGGAUGGAGAUGGAAGAUUUGUGCUCCAAGCUGACGUCUCUCGUUCCGCAAGAGUACCGUCUAGACACUGCUUCACAGGGUUCGUCAGACAUGCCCGCCCAAUUGACGCAAGCCACAACCUACAUCAAGGAUCUACGGGAGAGAGUCGAAAAGCUGAAGCAAAGGAGAGAUCAGUGCCUUUCGAAAGUCCAACGAGCGACCAGCAGCAGCCGCAGCAGCAGCAACGCCGCAAACACAGUAGCAGCAACAGGAUCAUCCAGUCCUCACGACACUACGGUUCUGUUCAGCGGAGCCACACAUUUCAAUUUGAAGUUUACGAUGAGCUCCAGCAAGGGUGUCCAGUUGCACAAGGUGAUCCGCACGAUCUUGCAAGACGAACGAGUCGAUGUCAUUGAAGCGAACUCAUCCUACGUCGACGAUAGCAAGAUCGUCUACGUGCUCAAGUGCAAGACCACAAGCUCCGGGGCUGCUUUGGAUGCGUCCAUGGUGGAAACAAGUCUCAGAAAGUUACUGACUGAAUCAUUUGCAGAACCUGAUCGUGUUGGUGUCUAAAUUGGUCAAGUGUUACCAUGGUGGAAACAAGUCUCAGAAAGUUACUGACUGAAUCAUUUGCAUAACCUGAUCGUGUUGGUGUCUAAAUUGGUAAGUGUUAGGCUCGAUAGGAGGAUCUGCGCAAAGUCAAACAUAUUGUUGUGCCCAGUUUUCCUUCACAUAAACUGUAUCUUACCCGCAAAAAAAAAAAAAACUUCAUCUUGCUUCUGCAUUAGAUUGUACGAUUUAUUUUUAUCAACACUUAUAAACAACAGCCCUUUGCAAGUUGAACUAUGAUUCUUCCUUACCGAAACAUUUCAAAUUUGAAUGGAAAUUUUUUAUGUCUA